UGAAAACCAUAAAAAAUCAAACGGGAAAAAGCAUUUAUGGACGACGGGAGUAACAAUAUAAUGACACAUUCAUUCAAAUUUUGUUGCCAAAAUAGGAAUCGGGAAAGAAAUUUUUGACUGGCUUAAAAAGAAAAAUGAGAAAAAAAAAUUAAUGAACGGAGAGAGUAAGAAUAAUUCAGAAUCAAAUCCAAUCCCCUUAUAUUAGUCUUCUUCUUAUUCUUGGAUCAAUAGAGCGCCGUGCGGCAUGGAGAUAUUUCACAAAGCCAAGGAGGUCCGGCUGAGGAGCCACCUGAACAAGUACUUGGUGGCGGACGACGACGAGGAGCACACGCGGCAGAGCAGCAGAGGCGGCGCGUCGAGUAAAGGCAGGUGGCGCGUGGAACUCGUGGAGGGCAAAACCCACUUCGUCCGCCUCAGGAGCUGCCACGGCGGCCGCUACCUGACCGCCUCCGACCAACCGUUUCUCCUCGGCAUGACCGGAAAUAAGGUCCUCCUUACCGGUGAAGACAACUCUAGAGAUUUGCGGGUUGAGUGGCAGCCUUUCCGGGACGGAUUUCAGAUAAAAUUGAGGGCUUACGGCGGAACAUAUUUGCGGGCCAACGGCGGAACGCCGCCGUGGAGGAACUCUGUAACGCACGAUAAUCCCCACUCGACUUCAACGCACAACUGGAUUUUGUGGGACGUGGAAGCUGUUCCGGCGCCGGAAACCGAAUCGGUGACGGAUUAUUUGUCGAUGGUGUCUAGCUUUUCUUCUAUCUCCGGUGAACUUUCCGGCUUGGGUUUCGGAUCGCCGGUUUCUGUUCAGUCAAGUUUUUCUCCGGGGAUAACUAAGGCGCCUUCGAUCCAUCUCCCGGCAAUGGAGCUCUUCCAACGGGCGAAGACGGUGCGGCUGCGGAGCCACCACGAGAAGUUCUUAACGGCGGAGGAGGACGAGGAGUCAGUCACUCAGGACAGGAACGGCGCCUCUGCGAGCGCGCGGUGGUCGGUGGAGAUCCCGGAGAACUCCGACAACGCCGUCCGCCUGAAGAGCUGCUACGGCAAGUACUUGACCGCCUCGAACCACCCCUUCCUGCUCGGCAUGACUGGCCGGAAAGUUCUGCAUACUUUGCCGACCCGUCUCGACUCCUCCGUGGAGUGGGAACCUGUCAGGGAAGGCGCGCAGGUGAAAUUCAGGACCAGGUACGGCCAAUUUCUGAGAGCUAACGGCGGAUUGCCGCCGUGGAGGAACUCCGUCACGCACGAUGUACCUCAUAGGUCGGCGACGCAAGAUUGGAUUCUCUGGGAGGUUCAUGUAGUGGAUAUUGUGGUAACUUCCCUUCCCAAACCCCCGCCUCCAUUGGUUGCCCGUUCAGAUUCAUUUCCUUCUGAAUCAGAUUCGCCUUCGACUGCUUCAUUCACUUCUCAGAGCUUUUCUGGUAGAGAGUCGGGUGAUUCUUUGGAUAACACGGUGAAAAUGGUUGGAGAUGGGAGGCUGAUUUUUUACCGUAUAGCUGACGACCGUGGGGAGAUUGAUGAAGGGGUAGAGGAGCUUUGCGUGCCGUUCAAGGGGAACGAAGUGGAGGAGUUGAAGAAGAGACUGGAAGAAGAGACGGGGAUGGACGGCAUUGUUGUUUGCACUCGAAGUGUGUUGAAUGGGAAGCUUUACCCCCUCCGGUUGCAUCUUCCUCCGAACAACGCAGACAUGUCCGUUGUCAUUGUCCCUUCCUCUUGUAAAGUGUUGUUGAAAGAUUUGGAAACGGGAAGAACGCACUUCUAAAAAGCUACCAAAGCUGGACUAGCAUGGAGGAGGAUUAGAAGAUGAUUAUUAUAUUUCUUUGAUUUCUUUUUUAUUUUAUGGGUUCUUAAUUUUUCUUAUUUAGAGUUCUGUUUGCGCUUAUUGGUUUGGUCUGUAAAAAAAGUUUUGUAAAUACAUGGUACUACUUACUAGCGUGUAAUAUACAUAAAAUUGAAACUAUGAUUAUUACUUUCUUCUAAAAGAGGAUAAACUCUAAGGAGGUAA